AUGGAAGCUGUUGGGUUCCACACAUUUGAGUUCAGCCACGCAAAGGGCCAGCACAUCCUCAAGAACCCGAUGAUUGUCAAAGCCAUAGUAGAGAAGUCAGCCAUCAGACCUACCGAUAUUGUACUUGAAAUUGGGCCAGGCACAGGGAACCUUACAAUUCCUCUCUUAGAAAAAGCGAAAAAAGUAAUUGCGAUUGAAAUUGAUCCUCGUUUGGUCAUAAUUUCCUGGUCUUCCAAUCGAAAAUUUAUCUUGCAUAUUUUAAUUAUGAGGCUUGGCUUCCCUGGUGAAAUUAUCCCUGCUAUAGGGAAGCAAGAGCCGGAUGGUUUUUCAUACCGGUCUCCUGACAUCAGGGGGUACAUUUAUCCGAGGUGAUGGAGACUGGGAUCUUUAUUUUGCCUGACGGAUCCAAUAAAUGCCUGAGCUCAAAGAAGAGUCGUCGAAGCCAAAAACUUCAAGACUGGUGUCCUCACUGGUGAUCAAAGUUCGAGGUGGUCACACCUUUGGUGGGCCCUGAGAAAAUUGGCAUGAGUUUACCCCAGAGCCAAAUUGGAGGUAGCUGUGGUCAAGCAGCCUAGUAGCGGAGUUAAACGAGUAUAGAUUAAUUAAGAUUAAGAUCCUCGUAUGGUCGCCGAAAUAACAAAAAGAGUCCGAGCGACUCCUUAUGCUCACAAUUUUGAAGUCAUUUGUGCAGAUUUUCUGAAAACAGAGUUGCCUUAUUUUGACAUAUGUGUAUCCAAUAUUCCUUAUCAAAUUUCAUCUCCCCUAGUAUUUAAGCUGCUGUCACAUAGGCCGCUGUUUAGAUGUGCAGUUUUGAUGUUCCAAAGAGAAUUUGCUAUGAGAUUAAUAGCAAGGCCAGGAAAUGAGCUUUAUUGCAGACUUUCUGCUAACACUCAGCUGCUGGCAAGAGUAGAUCAUUUAUUAAAAGUUGGAAAAAAUAACUUUAGGCCUCCUCCAAAGGUGGAAAGUUCAGUGGUUAGGAUUGAGCCGAGGAAUCCAAUACCUGAUAUCAACUUCACAGAGUGGGAUGGUUUUCUAACUCCUCCCUAUAAAUUGGAAUAAAAGAAUCUGUUCCUCUUUAAAGAGGGGUUAAUUUUAAUUUUUUAAAAAAAACUUGUUCAAUUAUUAUUAUUAUUAUUCUGCUUUAAAACCAUAUUAAAAUGUAAUUAUAUACAAAUUUAUGAUUUUAAUGGCAUUAAUUUGGUAAAAUAGCUAUUUGCAAACCUUAUUAAUUUCCCAAAAACAGAAGAAUUUAUCGAUAUUUUGUCGAACUAAAGAGGGGUGUAAGGAUUUGUUUUAAUAGGAAAAAUAAAACUCUGGGUGCUAUUUUUAAACAAAAAACAGUCGUAGAAACAUUGGAAAACAAUUACAAAAAAUCAAGAGAAGCUGAUGGGAUAAUAGAAGAAGACACAGAAAACUUCAAAGAAAAGCUUGUCAGAAUACUCACUGAAUCUGCUAUGUCAGAUGUUAGAGCAAACAAGAUGGAUACAGACGAUUUCUUAGCCGCACUUACAGCGUUUGGAAAAGAAGGAAUCAGGUUUAAUUAA